AUGUAAACAAUGGAAAUUGAGAAAAAAUUCAGUUCAUGUGGUGAUUACAACAUCCUUUAGACUCUUGGGUCUGGACUUCAUGCAAAAGUGAAAUUGGGAGAGCAUGACGGAAAGAAAGUGGCCAUUAAGAUUUUCAAGAGUAACCAUGGCACAGCUUAGAACAUCAAAACGCUCACCAACGAAAUCAACAUUCUCAAAUAGCUAAAUCAUCCCAAUUUAGUUAACCUUAUUGAAUUCAACAGUGCUCUUCCAUAUAGAAGAAAAAAUGGAUAAACCGAACCACGUGUGUGCAUUAUAUUGGAAUUGGCUGAAGGAGGAGAACUAUUUGAGUACGUAGCCUCAUCUGGAAGAUUUUCUCCAGAAACUUCUAGAUUUUACUUUAAAUAAUUAUUGUCUGCAAUGAGUUACAUGGCAAGCAAAGACAUCUGCCACAGAGAUUUGAAAUUGGAGAAUGUCUUGUUGGACGAUAACUUCAAUCUCAAAGUGGCUGAUUUUGGAUUCGCCAAAGUUAUGGAAACAGCCAAGAUAAGGACAAUCCUCGGAACACCUGGGUACAUGGCUCCAGAAAUAGUUGCUAAAAAGGAUUAUAAUGGAACUAAGGCAGACAUAUUUUCAGCUGGUGUUAUUUUCUUCAUUAUUCAUGCUGGAUCCCCACCCUUCUCAACAGCCUCUGAUAAGGAUCAAUACUUCAAAUUGAUAUUAUGUAAUAAAUGGGAACAAUUUUGGACAUACCAUUUGAAAUACAAGGGAGGAAACCCUGAAUUUUUCCCACAAGAAUUCAGACAUUUGAUGAUGGGAAUGUUGGCCCCAAAUCCAGAUCAAAGAUUCACAUUGGAAUAAUGUAUGUAACACCCUUGGGUAAAUGGACCUGUGGCCACUUUAGAAUAAAUUUAGAACGAAUUCAAAAAGAGACAUGAAAGAGUUCAAGCUGAAAUCCAAGCUUCUAAGAUGAAAAAGCAAGCCUAAAAAAAUGCAGGCAACAAGGGACCUAUUGGUGUUUUCAGAUCCAUCAUCGGAGAAAGUGAAUAAGAAAACUUUGAUGAGACAAUCAAUUAAUAUAAAUUGAAUUUUGAGAACAGAUUCAUGAUCAAAGGAAAGGAUCAAGGUUUACCAACUGACAUCAUUGUCUAUUAGGAUCCAAAGUUUGUGUUCUGUUAUUUACUCAAACAUUGUGAAGAGUUCAACUGCAAAGUGGGCAAAAUCCAUGAGACCAAAUACAAAGUUAACUUUGCUGCUGAACAAGAUGAAAACUUAGCUUUUUCACUUGAACUUUUAGAUUGUGAGGAUGAAAUGAUCAAAUUGAACUUGAACAAAUUGUCAGGAGAUUAUAUUUAAUUCAAAGAGAUCACUAAUAGACUCAGAGAUGCCCUCAACAAAAAUUAUGACGGAUUCUUGUAACAGGAAGUUUAACAAGAUUGAAAAUAUGAAUCAAUUUAAAU